GCAUUUGAAGAGCAAUUAUGUCAACCGAGUGAAGGGAGAGAAAAAACUCACAUCUCAGCGGACGGAAAAUGUGCGAUUGCGAAAAAGUGUGGGAAAAGUAGUGUCUUUUAGCGAACGAAACUGCUGGAGAACGCAGAAAAACCACACGCGAACGUGAAAAGCACGCACGGAACAGCAAGCAGGGCGUAGCAUACUGUGCGUACAGCAGUAGUCGUUGCGAACAGCAGUGGUGCGUUAUUCGAACAGUUAAAUCUCGAAUCACGCCAGCCGUCAGAGCUCGUGGAUCGAUUUCUGCCAUUCUUGCACGAGGAAAAUAGCAGCAGGCACAGUGUCCCAUCGGACAGUAUCCCGUGUGCGCACGAGUGUGUGAACGAGGCAAUGGUGUACCGAAGGUGAACCGGAGCGAGAUAGAACCAAAAAAGAGCGCAGUUGGUGUGAACACCCGACCCCGACCGCACCGGAAUCGGGUAAAGCAAUCCUACCCCCAAUCCCGCCCUUCACGCGGCCAUCAGCGCACCUGCCCCACCGUGUUGCCGGCCCCCACCGUUUUUGUGGUGGCUCCCUUCACACCAAUACAGCGCACGCACAGUAUUUGAAAAGCGAGCAGCAUAAGCGCGUGUGCGAACAAUCAAACGGCGGGCACGCGGUUUUCUUCGCUGCGCGCCUACUAGUAGAGCACCGUGCGCGCAAGUGUGUGUGUGUGUAUCGUGUGCGAGAGCGAGUGUGUGGUUGUGUUGCAGCACGCGACCCGUGCGUCAGUGUGUUGGUGUGAUCAGUCGCAGUUCUUUUUCCGCUUCCGAGACGGCGUUUUUUCGCUUUCGUCUUCUGAGUGGUAGCACGCGAGAUGGAGAACACGUCCUACGGAAUAAAUGUGGCGAAUCGCUACGAUCUGUUUUGCAUCGACGACGAUGCGGGCGAUCCGAUCGAGGCCAUCCUGAAGAGUAAACAGAAGCAGCAGAAAAAGCAACAGCAGCAGCCGCAGCCGCAGCAGCAGCAAACUGGUGCCACUACAGCAGCAGCACCGGCAGCUCAAUCGCAGCAGGCGAAAUCGAACACGAAGAGUGGUGAAAAGGAGAACAAGGCUGGUGGUGGUGGUGGUGGCCGGGGAGCUGAAAAUCGGCACCCGGACAAAUCGGCCGCGGACGCAAAGCACGCACAGACGAACGGAACCGGCAAUCAUUUACAUAAUCAGCGCAGUGGCGGUGGCGAACGACGGGGCAUCAAGGAAACGCAGAAAGAUAACAUCCGCAAUCAGGAAAACCAGCGAGGCACUAAUCCGGGAGCUAAGUUCCCGCGCGGACCAAACAAGAACGGCACGGUGGGCGGUGGUGGCAACGAUGACAAGUAUCCGCGUAAGCCGCGCGACUUCGACGGCGAAGGACAGAGGAAACCGUACGCCCAGAACGGUGCUGGUGGUGGUGGUGGCGUGAAGCGGUUCGAUGGGCGCGGCAAGCGCGAACUGGACCGUCAAUCGGGCUCGAACAAAACCGGAAUCAAGGCGGUGGACAAGCGGGACGGUGCCGGAUCGCACAACUGGGGCAGCUCGAAACAGGACGCCAAGGAGUACUCGAACAAUCCGGAUCAGGACUAUCAGCCACAGGACGCGGACACGAGUGCGGAAGCGAACGCGGAACGUACGAACGUGAGCAAUGGUGGUGCCGAAGAGGCGGGCGCCGAUGGUACCGGUGCCGCCAAAUCGGACGACGAGGCUAAGGAAAUGACGCUGGACGAAUGGAAGGCACAAAAGGCGGCCGUUAGACUGAAGCCACAGUACAACCUGCGGAAGGCGGGCGAGGGCGAAGACUCGAGCCAAUGGGAUAAGAUGGUGGCCCUGGACCGGAAAUCGAACGUGAAGGUUGCACUGGAAAAGAGCGGUGCCGGUGCCGACGGUGCCGAGGAGGACGAUGGUAACGACACUCACAGCAAGCCGGUUACGUCGGGUACCGGUGGUGGUGGUGGCAGCGGCAAGAAAAAGGAGUUUCUGGAAAUUGAGUACCACUUCAACGACAGCCGUCGGGGUGGAUUGGGCCGUUCGAGAGGUGGACGCGGUGGCCGUGGAGGAGGUGGCGGUGGCCGCGGUAUGGGUCGUGAAGGCGGUGGUCCGGGCGGUAGACGCGAAUACGGCGGUGGAGACAACUAUCGGGGCGGUGCGGACGGUGGCGAGGGUGGUGGCCGAUUCAACCAUUAUGGCAGUGGUGGCGGUGACGGUGGCGAUGGUGGCGGCGACCGGCCACAGCGAGACUACAACCGGCGUAACAAUCGACCACCGAUGGGUGGUGGUGGUGGCGGCGGCGGCGGUGGUCCGGAUCGGAACUACGAAGGUGGCAUGAACAACAAGUACAGCAGACCGAAUCCGCGAUCGGCCAAGCAGCAUGUACCGGCUGCCCCGAAGGUGGACGAUGAGCAUGACUUCCCGUCGCUCGGUUAAAUAUGGUGGUGCAUCCAUGCUUAAUCGUUUGGUUGCGGGUGGUCCGGAUCAAUUCAACGUGUCCCCGUCCUCCAGUCCCCUUCUCGGAUCAGGUGUUAACAGCGAGGCGCCGGUACACAUGCACACACACAUACAUACACACACUCAUGCCAGAUAACCAGAAGGAGAGAACAGAGAGAGGGAGAGAGAGAGAGAGUCAAGGAAGACGAAGAAGAAAGUGAACGUUUUGAUGAAUGAAUAUUAGAAUUAUGUUUGAAAUGUUUCCCCCACUCCCCCAUCCCCCUCUUCCUUUUUGUGCGUAUCUUACUACGCGUGUUGCUUUGAAGGAUUAAGUUUAGUAUAUCUGAUUAGUGUUCAAGAGAGAAAGGAUUUUCGGGUGGAAAGAUGUUGCUGCUGCUGCUGCUGCCACAGUGCUUUAAUUACUGCGUGCAUGUGUGUGAGUGUGUGCGUGUGUGUGAUGAAUUCUCUAACCCCCCCGUCCUUCUUUUUCUUAUUCUUCUUCUUCGACUUCUACACAGAAGAACACAACACAGCAGGCAAUACAAAGUAAACAAACAAGUUGCGUUAAGGGAAAUGUGUGGUGUUCCUGCUUUUAGGGACAAAGAAAAAAGGCAUUGAGAUUAAAAGACGACUGUAACUCCUGGAGGGGGGGUCGGGGGGGAGUAUACACGACAGUCGUAUUCUCUUAACUUUACAGCAACUGAAGCGCAGAGGAAAUGUGAACAACCCAGAGAUAAGAGUGUUAAUGGCAGGCCAUCAAAUAAGAAACGGAACAAAUAUCAAUUCACCUCGAACACACCAUCCCUCACUAGUAGUCGAUUUAUUUGUUUGUUUUGAUUUUGUUUUUCAAAGAAGAUUCUGGCAGGUAAAGAAAAAUCAACUGGUACAUGCAUGAGAGGUCCAGUAGUUUGUUAGUCAUAUGUAUCUUUAAGCUUCCGAAGGUUAAUUGAACGAAAUGGAACUGGAUAUCGGUCUUACAAUCGUGCAUGUUUGUGCGUGUGUGUGUGCGGGGUAGAUAAGAAGAGCUAAGAAGAGGGGGGAGGGGAUAGCAUGUGGAAGGUGGGGUGGAUGUUUUUUAGCAUCCUGGCAAGUCUUCGCGACCUCUUCUCCCACAUUAAUAGUCUGUUAGAGUGUUGUUUCAUGAAUAUGAGUUUUUUGUUUAUUGGAAACCACCCAUCGUCCUUACACAAACCGGAAUGGUGAAUGUUUCAUUGCGUUUCUCAUCCCCUUUUUAAACGGUAUUACGAUUUUCGUAGCAUCAUUCGAAACCAUUGUUUUGCAAUAUAUACGUACAUAUAUAUUAUUAGUUUUCUUUACCCCCAUUCUCCAAGUUGUAUAGUGAGCCUCGCUUUCGUUUCAACGUUACUAUAUGCCUUUUUGCUUCUCGUUUUUUAAAUGCGAGAAAUAUUCUCUUCUAUACAUACAUAUACUAGGCGAGGACUUCAUUAUUCUUACUCUCGUUCCAUAUGCCAACGAAUUCGUUUUACUAUACUGGAACAAACAUAAACAAACAAACAGAAAACCAGCUGGCAAAUGGUGAAAAAGCCGGAACACAAACUCUCGAUGUAAUAAAAUUGCCUGCUGCUGAUGCUGAUUUGCAAAAAUACGGAAACUAAACCCAAACACUAAUAUACAUCAGUAUCAAUAUAAACAAGAGGUUGCACUUCCUGAUAGUAAGAGAGAAAAGUAAGGCAAGAAAGUACCGCAAGAAGCAAUGAUAAGAAAAGGGGAACACUUAACCCGCAAAAACACAAACUCUCGAUCGCGGUCUUGCUGAUUGUAAACGCAGAAUGAGCGAACACACAACGAAGAAGAAAGAGCACGUCGGAUGUGUGUUGUGUUGAAUGAUCCAGAAAAGAUGCUCGUUGCACGUUCAUUUUUAUUUGACAAUUUUCUUAAGUUAAGCUUAAUUAUCUAUAGCGGUCGUGAAAAAAGCAGGAGAUAACGAAUAAAGCAGCAGCGCGCUCGAAGGGUAAUUUUGUUUUGUGAGAUUCUUUCCAUAUGCUGCAAAAACGUGUUAAGAUUCGACGGGAAUGCAAGGACUAGUGUAAGUUCCCCCGGGGGGCUACAGAUAAUUCUUGCCGGCAACAUAUAACCAGGGAGAGCAAUAUUUUUCAUCGGCAAGUGUUUUUGCAAAACCACUAGGGCCACUAGGCACGAACAGCAGUGCAAACAGUGAACGACCGUACCAAGAAUGAAUCAAACUUGUGCAGCAAGGAAAGCGACAUCUUUUGUACUGCAUCAUGAUGCCCUUAAGUAAUAAAACAAACUUUGUUUAAGUGUAAUGAAAGUUGGGGGGAUUUUUUUUUGUUUGCGGGGCGAUAUUCGGGAACACUAGAAUGAUUUCCAUGCGUUUCUACAUACAAAAAAACCCCCGAUUGUGAAAAUGCGCUCGCGCUGAAUUUUUCGAUGGUGGGUGUGUGUGGAUUACGGCGUGUUGUCCCACACACUUUUUCCGUUCGACCGAGGGAGGAUCGUGCACGGAUUGUUACAAAAAUAGCAACAUAAAACGACAAGCAAAAAGAUCCACACGAAAUGAGAAAAGGGGAUGUGUACGAGUUGCUAAGGCAGAGCAGCGAUCAGAUUGUAAAGAAAGGGAUGGACGGAACACGUUAGUUGCCGAGUAGACACUGGUUUGGUGACUAUUGCGCCGGGUAUCACAUCACCAAGAAACGGCAAAUCAGCAAACAGCAAAAAGGAGCAUUUUACAACAAUGUGUUGUACACACAGGCAAAAGGGCGCGAUCGUAUCGUGAUCGUCCAUUUAUACGUUGCUCACGGAAACAUGCGAAACCAAAACUAUACACUGAUCGUGCGAGUAUGGAACAGAGAAGGAAAACAAAAAAAAUCCACACGCAAUAGUACGUUACUUCUCGACGGUGAAAAAAAUGAGGACACACUCUGCUGUGUUUCACAAACUCAAUAUUCUACUACGUCAACGAGGGAGGGGGAAGAGGCACGCAUCGUGUAAAAGUUAAAAUGCGUGCAAAAAAAAGAAGAAGCAAAAUGAACAGAUAAUAUUAGUUGUUAAGGCAUGGCAAACAUAAUUGCCCCACUACUAGUUUCUUUCCAUGCAUACACACGGCAGCCGAACACACAGAACAAUUUGACGUUGCUGCCGGUGGGUGAAACAAAUUAAUCCACUAAUAAAGUCCCGACGAUCGAUGUCCCGGACGGGGGGGGGGAAACAAAAAAGGUUUGAAAACUAUUUUAAUCGUUAGGAAACAAUGAGACAAUUAGUACAUGUAUGCAACAUUAAUAAAAAGGAAAAACAAUGAACAUCAAGAAUAAAGCAAGAUCUCGACUCUGAAACCUGUAA